CGUCAAGGUAAAAUAGUUGCCUGUUUUUCUCUACCCCAGAUAUUCCCGCCAGUGACCUUUUCGGCUAUAGACAGAAAUUUUGACUAUCUUUUCUGAUACCCCACCUUUCACUAUCUGUGAAAAUUAGAAUUGGUCCAUUUGUCCAGUCAAAUAGUCACCGCUACCCCAGAAUAGUCUAUCGUUCUCACUUGAGCUCUGGGUUUCCUUUUAUUAUCUUCAUAUAAAUUAACAUAUUCCCCAGCACAGCUAGUUUUUCAUUUCCAUCAUGUUAGCCAUUAGAACAACUAUGAAACAGAGCCAGCCUCGCUUCUUUGUCUCAUUAAAGGUCUCCUACUCCACCUUCAAGCCGGCCGCCCCUCUUUCCAUCAAAGACAUCAACCCACAAACUGUCCAGGCUAAAUAUGCUGUUCGUGGUAAAAUUCCAAUUAUUGCCGACGAGCUCCGUGAUCUCAUUAAAAAGAAUCCACAAUCGCACGGCUUGCCCUUUUCCAAAAUCAUCAAUGCCAACAUCGGGAACCCGCAGCAAUUAGACCAAAGACCAUUAACUUGGUAUAGACAAGUCCUUUCCAUCUUGCAGUACCCUGCUUUAGCCGAAGCAGUUGACUAUCCCCAAGAUGUCAAGGAUAGGGCCGCCGUCAUCUUAGAGAAUAUCGGCUCUAUUGGUGCCUAUUCACACUCACAGGGUGCUCCUUACAUCCGUGAGUCGAUUGCCAAGUUCAUCGAAAAAAGAGACGGUGGCUACGCUGCUAACCCUAACAACAUUUUCUUGACAUCGGGAGCCUCUUCAGCCGUGUCGUACUUGUUACAGAUCUUGUCAUCGGACGAAAACUCCGGUUUCUUGAUCCCAAUUCCACAAUACCCAUUGUACACGGCUACUAUUGCACUCAACAAUGCAAUUCCUAUCGGUUACUUUUUGGACGAAGCCAACCACUGGUCUACUAACCCUGAACAAAUCAGACAGAUCAUUCUUGAAAACAAACAGAAGGGAGUCAACAUCAAGGCACUUGUAGUCAUUAACCCGGGCAACCCUACAGGCUCAAUCUUGUCCGAACAGGACAUUAUUGAAUUAAUUGACAUCGCCGCAGAACACGGUAUAGUCCUUAUUGCCGACGAAGUUUACCAGGAGAAUGUGUUCAAGGGUAAGUUCCUCUCGAUGAAGAAGGUUUUGUACGAGUUACUUGAACAGGAACCAGAAGUAUACAAGAAUGUGCAAUUGGCUUCGUUGCAUUCGACUUCUAAGGGUGUUUCCGGCGAGUGUGGUCAAAGAGGUGGAUAUAUGGAACUUGUAGGCUUCAGCACUGAAGUUAAAGAUAUAGUUUUCAAGUUGGCAUCCAUCAAUUUGUGUUCAGUAGUUUCUGGACAAGCAUUGAUGGAGUUGAUGAUCAACCCUCCUCAGGAAGGCGAUCCAUCUUACGAAUUGUACAAUGCUGAAACCUCCUCUAUCCACAAUGACUUGGAAAUCAGAGCUGAUAUGUUGUAUCGUGCCUUCUUGCAAAUGGAAGACAUCCAAUGUAACAAGCCUACUGGUGCCAUGUACAUCUUCCCUACGUUGGACUUUUCACCAGAAAAGUACCACAAGCUCUUCAUGAGAGCCGAGCAAUCGGAUUUGCAACCAGACGACAUCUACUGUAUUGAGCUUCUCGAGUCCACAGGAAUCUGCUGUGUUCCAGGUAACGGUUUCGGACAGGUUCCAGGAACCUUCCACUUGAGAACCACUUUCCUUCCUCCUGGCCAAGAAUGGAUCGACAGAUGGUUGACUUUCCACGAGACGUUUGUCAAGAAGUACACUUCUUGAAUCAGAGUGUUGUAAGAGGAGGCUGUCUACUGUUUGUGUACUAGUCUACAAAACACUAUUUGCACUGUACUACUGGAUUCAAUUCAGGUAAGGUUAUUUGGGAAGGACUGAAAAUUCUUUUUGAUCUCUUUCGCUUGACUCUCUCAAAAUUCAUCUAGACUCCCCUUAAGACCGUAAUUUUCUUGCAUAAGAUUUACUUCCACAAGAUCAUAAUGGAUCAUCUUGCCAGAUUUGGAUUCUUAGUUUUUUCAGACACAGCAACCACAUUUUUGCACCGCUCUAGCUUCUCCACAAGUCAGCGACUCCCGAGGAGCCAAAAACAUUUAGCCGUAUCUAUUCUCUCUCGCUGGUGCCCCACCCAAAUCGCAUUUAGCCGGCGGUUAAGCUGGCGGAAAGAAGGGUUUUUGUGUCCUCGGUUUCCCGCUUCUAAGCACAUAUCCGAAGUCCGAGGACUGCCCGCUCGUCGUAUAGCAUAUUUAUCUCAGUACAAUUAACUAUAUAUUUACAUCUAUUCCCAAUUCCUGUUUCUAGAUACAUACUCAAUCUACAAUAUCUACAUCUCA